GGCAGUAUCCGACCAACGAUACCCUCACGGAAAAUUUUACCCUCAUUUCCCACCCUUUGAUUUGUCCAGCAACUAAAAACAGGAUUUGGGAAACUAAUCAACAAUUUACACAUAACUUACGUCCAAGCUAAGAUGUUUAGCAAAGACUCACAGCAAAAGUAUCGGAUUUAUCGUCUUAAUCUUUCAAGCCAACGGUGACCCUUGGCCACUGGCAAAAACUUUCUAAUUGCUGAUUAAGGAGGUAAUUUACCUCCAACACUUGACAGCAAGAGUCAACCAAUUGCCAUUAAAUGUUGGAUUGUGUUUGUCUUUCUUGACAGAAUUGAGUUGCAAAGCCGUGAUAACCCGGUCGUCGGAAGGUAUAACUUCAGGUGGUAUUAGGGACUUCAAACACUUCGUCAGUCAGGCGCGGCCAUGAACGGAGCGGUGUGGGUGGCCCUAGCUGCCCUGUCAGCCCUGUCUGCUGUACUGGCAGAUUCCUGUCAGAACCUGUCUCCGUACUGUGGCGCUAGCCCGGGCUGGCCAUACAAGACUCUGUGUGACGAACACGCCUCCGUACGGGAUAACUGUCACGAGUGGUGCGGCGUCUGCACUUGCUCGGGUGAGCCGUGUGACCAUGGCGGUACCAGAGGAGGGAAUCCCGCGAACUACGGAGAGAACACCUGCGACUGUAACUGUGUAGGGGACUGGACUGGUCCAACAUGUGAAGUGUGCGGCCUGCAGUGCGCUAACGGCGGCACCAUUGACCCUGUCUCCUGCUCAUGUGACUGUCCCCCUGGAUUUGACGGACGUACCUGUUCAGAUUCAUGCAAAAACGUGCAGCCGCACUGUGGCGCUUCUCCUGGUUGGCCCACGCUGGACAUGUGUGUCAACGAUUACGUCAUCGACGGGUGUAGACAGUGGUGCGGGGAGUGCGAGUGUGCCGGGCCACCAUGUGCAAACGGUGGGAGUCGAGGCGGUGUUCCCUCGAACUACGGAGAGAACACCUGCAACUGCAACUGUGUUGAACCGUGGACUGGACCAACGUGUGAAGUCUGCACCAUAGACUGUAAGAACGGAGGUGUUCUGGACAGUAACACCUGUACCUGUACCUGCGGACCUGGAUGGGACGGACCUACCUGUGAAGACGAGUGCGCAGAUCACCAUGACUACUGUGGGGCCAGCCCAGGGUGGCCCAAUACGGACAGUUGUACCAUCGGCUACGUCAGGGACUACUGCCGUGCCAUGUGUGGCAUGUGCCAGAAAGAACUCUGCACCUUACAAUGUCUACAUGGUGGAACCGUGGACGAGGAGGCCUGCAGCUGCGCAUGCGCGGGAGGUUGGACUGGUCCCACGUGCAAUGAAUGCCAGCGUGUCUGUGAUAACGGAGGAACACUGGACCAGGACACGUGUACCUGCCGAUGUGCUCCUGGCUUUGACGGCGCCACAUGCUCUGAUCCGUGUCAAAACAUAUCACCCCUGUGCGGAGAAAGUCCCGGAUGGCCGACCCUUGACCUCUGCUCCUACGGCGCAGUGACGGACAACUGUCACCAGUGGUGUGGACAAUGCUCCUGUACGUCUGUACCCUGUGCUAACGGCGGCACCAGAGGCGGCGUUCCUUCUAACUACGGAGAACACACGUGUGACUGUAACUGUGUCGGCAAGUGGGCUGGACCAACGUGCGAAGAGUGCACCCUUGACUGUAAGAACGGCGGGGUUCUGGACCCCAACUCUUGUAGCUGCACAUGCGCAGACGGCUGGGAUGGAGAGACGUGUGAAGACCCUUGCCAAAACAUAUCACCCCUGUGCGGAGAAAGUCCCGGAUGGCCGACCCUUGACCUUUGCUCCAAUGGCGGAGUACAUGCCAACUGUCACCAGUGGUGUGGACAAUGCUCCUGUACGUCUGUACCCUGUGCUAACGGCGGCACCAGAGGCGGCGUUCCUUCUAACUACGGAGAACACACGUGUGACUGUAACUGUGUCGGCAAGUGGGUAGGACCAACAUGCGAUGUGUGCUCUCUGGAUUGUAAGAACGGAGGAGUUCUGGACACCUCGACCUGCAGCUGCAGUUGUGUAGCCGGGUGGGAUGGAGAGACAUGUGAAGACGAGUGCACUGACACGCACGAGUACUGUGGCGCCAGUCCAGGCUGGCCUAACGCCGACUCCUGUGUCCACGACUACGUCACACAGAACUGCCAUGCCAUGUGCGGUCUAUGCGUGAAGGAAGGUCAAACAACCACUCCCUUGACAACCACACAACGACCAACUACAACCACUCCUGCACCAACAACGGUUACAACUACCACCGAACCAACAACUGUAGCGACAACUACCACCGCCAAACCACAGACGGAGACCUCAGUGGCAACUGGAGUUGAAGACGUCUUUGUCGACCCCUGCCAGAACCUGUCCCCUCACUGCGGCGCCAGUCCUGGCUGGCCCACGCUGGACAUGUGUGUCCAGUACCCGUACGUUCGCGACAACUGCCCGCAGUGGUGUGGAGACUGCGAUUGCUCGGGCCCGGCCUGUGCCCACGGUGGGACCCGUGGAGGGAACCCGGCCAACAACGGAGAAAACACCUGCGACUGUAACUGUGUCGGGGACUGGACUGGUCCAUUGUGUGAAGAAUGCAGUCUUACCUGUGUGAAUGGCGGGACGCUGGAUGAAGCCUCCUGUACCUGUAUCUGUGAUGUCGGAUGGGAUGGCGCGACCUGUGCAGACAAAUGCGAGGACCAUCAUGAGUACUGCGGAGUUAGUCCAGGCUGGCCGACUGUUGAUUCCUGCUCUACUGACUAUGUCAGGGAAUACUGCCCAGCGUUCUGUGGAACAUGCCAAAAACCAGUGCUCUGUUUCAAGAACUGUGCAAACGGCGGUACUUUUGAUGAGGACACGUGUUCAUGUGCAUGUGCGCGUGGCUGGGACGGAGAGACCUGCGAAGACGUUUGUGGGGACAGUCACGCGAACUGUGGAGCUAACCCUGGCUGGCCGACCCCUGACCUGUGCGUGGAGGACUACGUACACGAGCUGUGCCAUGCCUUCUGUGGGGUGUGUGAGCCGAGCUGCAACCUGCAGUGCCUCAACGGCGGUACGUUGGACCCUGAUAACUGCACCUGCUCCUGUGCUGACGGCUGGGACGGGGAGGCCUGCACUGAACCCUGUGGUAACGAGAGCCCCCUGUGCGGCGCCAACCCGGGGUGGCCUGACGUGUCCGCCUGUCAGGAACUGUACGUCCAGGACAGCUGCCAUCAUUUCUGUGGAAUCUGCAGGAAGGUUGGUGACACUUGGGGCCAGGCAACGACAGCAGCGACCACUACAACCCCGCAGCCCACCACCACUACAACAACCACAACUCCUGCGCCAACGACUACUACAACCACCACUCCUGAACCUACAACGACUACAACCACCACUCCUCAGCCUACUACAACCCCGCAGCCUACUACAGCGUCCACCACUACACCGGUACCCCCUGCACCUGGUGCAUGUUAUCACAUGGGGUACUACUUCGAAGACGGUAGCCGCUGGGACGUGUUUGAGGGAGCGUACCGUGUGGAGUAUUACUGCACCAACGGGCAGAUCACAGCCACGAACAGGGUGCCGCUAGCACCUGUCAUGUCAGUGUCCUGUACGUACAUGGGACAGGAGUACAGUGACGGGGCCUCGUGGGACCUCAGCUUCGACGGCUUCACGAUCUCGUGCCAGUGUGACGAGGGUGCGGUCACCUGUCUCCCGGUCUCAAGGGCUAGCCGUUACCGCCGUUGAACACACGGCGGGACAGCAGACGAGUUUUUCGUUUAUGACUCAUCGAAAAGAUCUGAAAAGCAUUUUAAUCCUUUUAUCUAAUCUGAGAGCAUGAUUUAGUUACAAAAUAGUUGCAUAAUAACUGUGUGUUUGUGAAUAAAGAGUUCAA